CUGUUCCAUAGCUGUCAAACACGACACCUCCUUUCUCUCGAUCCACCCUCACUCCCCCUCCUCCUCCGAAGUACCACAGAACAACGGCAGCAACGUGAGGAGGAAGAGAAGAAGCCACCCCUCUUCUUCUUUCUUUUCCCUUCUUCUCCAACCAUGAGCUCCUUCUUCGAGAACUUCCAAAAGAGGAGGUUCUUCCCCACCAUGCCCCUCAAGGAUGACCUCCCCAUCUCCCAAGACCACCAGAAGGACACCCCCAUGACAGGCAUCAGGAGGAGGAUCUCCUCCUUCUCCGUCAAGAUCCAGCCAUUGUCCUCAGCCUCCACCGCGUGGGCCUUCAGGCGGUCCAAGUCCGCGCCAUCCAUGGGGGAGCUCGCCGGUGGCCCUCUCAGGAGGUGGUGGGAUUGGGGGUGGGGGUGGAUCCUCUCGAGGAAGCCGACCUUCGCCCGAGAUAUUGAGAUGAACGGCGAGGAGACGGCGAUGCUCGGGUGCCAAAGCAAGGGGACCUGGCGGCACGUCUUCUACAAGGUGCGGUCGGAGUUCAGGAAGCUCGUCGGAUCCAACACAUUGCCAACCACGCAGAAAUUUAGGUACGAUUCGUUCAGCUACAAGAAUAAUUUCGAUGAUGGGAUGAGAGGAGAGCAGUGAGGAGGGGGAGGCUUUGGGUCUCCGUGGUGUUUCAUACUUAAUUUGUUCUACAUUCUUUUUGUCUCUCGGAGAUGGACCUUGGUGUGCUCAGAGGAAUUUAAAGAUGAGUUGCUUAUGGUGCCAUAAUUCAUCACUUAUAGCUGGUGGAGAUCCAUAAAGGGCACAUAAGAUUGCUAAAGUUACAGAUUCUCCAGCAGUCUCCCGGAGUUGAAUUGGCUUAGAUUGUUCAGAUCUAGCGUGCUUCAAGGAAGCAAGAAUAAUUUUUCUAGAAAUCAUGAAUGUGCCUUCUACGGUCUUCGUUUUUUUUGUUUUUUCCUGCAAUGUAAAUGUUCUAUGUGAUGGAAUGAUUAAGUUUUUUUAAUUUUUUCUU